AGUCGUCGUGAGGUUCAAGGCGACAGGCAAUGCGCCGAUCAUGAAGCAGAAUUUCUUCAAGAUCACAGCCAGCAACCGCUUCCAGACUGUCAUCAAUUUCCUGCGCAAGGAGCUCAGUUGGAAAGCACAGGAUGCGCUGUUUCUCUACAUCAAUGCUUCCUUCAGCCCAAGUCCUGACGAUACCGUGAUCAGUCUCUAUCAGUGCUUUGCGACCGACAAACAGCUCAUUGUCAACUACAGUACUACCGCAGCAUGGGGAUGAAUAUGUACAAGCAAACGUCAGCCC